AUGAACUCAUUCAUAUACGAGCCUCUCGACCUGGGCGGGCCAACCUUUCGUCUCGUCCGCCUUUGCCAUGGGGACGGCCCUGAUAUUGACUGCGAACUCUUCCAAGCGUGGCUGUACCCAGAGCAGAGUGCUAUCUCAUACGAAGCUCUUUCGUAUACGUGGGGCUCCACCGACAUUGUGGAGAGCGUACGAAUGAAUGGGAAAACACUAGGUAUUACGCUAAACCUCUACCUCAUCCUCCAGCAUCUUCGCUGUCGAGAUGAGGACCGGAUCCUAUGGGUGGAUGGUAUAUGCAUCGACCAGGGCAACGACAAAGAGCGUGGACAUCAAGUUCGACACAUGGGCGACAUAUACAAGCAGGCCGAAAGAGUCAUCUUUUGGCUGGGUCAGCCAACCUACGAGACGAAUGUGAUUCUAGAUUCGCUACGCCAGCUCCAGAAGGAAAGUACGAGGCAUCCGUGCAGAACUUGGGAACUGUCGGACCCGCGCUGGGUAGAGCUCUGGUCGACCGUACAGCCUGGCCUUAUGGACAGAUAUCCAGACCUCCAAUCGCGACAGCGCCAGGGUCUGGAGGACCUUCUGAACAGGCCCUGGUUUAGAAGGGUUUGGAUUCUACAAGAGGUUGCCAAUGCAAGAGCUGGCAUAGUGUGUUGUGGACAAAAGUCUGUUUCGGCUCACAUCUUUCCCCUCGCUCCUUUAUUCAUACACAUAAUCCCGCAUGCACAAACUCAAGCGGUCCUGGAUAUAAUGCCUGGACCAUCAAGAGCCGGUACAUGGUGGAAUAUGAAUCGAGAUCUUUAUACCAUCCUACGAAAGUUUCGUGCGAGCGAAGCGCGUCUUCCGUGUGACAUGGUGUUUGCCUUGCUGGGACUAUCCUCGGAUGCACAUGACACAGAAAUGCUUAGGCCCGAUUAUGUGAAAAGUGAAACUGAAAUCAUCCGUGAUGUUGUUCGAUUUUUGUUUGAUGACUACAUAUAUUACACUCAGGAAUCAUAUUUUCCCUUCUUGCGGAAUUUACUACGGAACCUGGAGUUGCUCAACAGAUUAUAUCUGCAACACUAUAUGGAGUUGGCAAACCUAAAGGAUCUGGAGAAUGUUCUCAAAUAUCGCCACUUUGGCAUUUCAGAAACCGACAUUGCAGACGCCGCACGCGCAGCCAAGACAGCCGUGAGUAACUCCCCUGGAGUUAAUGUUAGAAUGCCUGAAAUGGCGACACCAUCAGCCCUAAAGAACCUAGAGAAUAUUCUCAAAGUGGGGCAUCUGGGUAGUGCACAGAAGAACAUUCCAUUCAUCACACAUGCGGGAGGAGCCAUGCGCAAGGCCAGUAAAGAAAGCGAUGAAUCCAUUUCAGAUGGGGAAGAAGAAGAGCAAGGGUCUAUGGAUGCAAUAUGCCUUUGGCACCAUCUAAAGACACUGGAGCGCCUUCUCCAUGGUCACGGCUACAAUACCGAGAUAACAGAGGAUUUCAUUCUCAAGAUAAUAUCAGUCAGCUACACUAAACCAGGAACCAUAAGUUUCCUUCUUAAGCAACGAGGCAAUGAGAUCAACAUCACGAAUGCAGUGCUCAUCGCCUUGGUAAGACCCAAUCGCACUACCGCGGAAACUCAAGCGAUUCAGGUUCAGAAACAAGACAAUAAGAUUAAGCUCACAGAGGCGGUGCUUAGAUUAGUUCUAUCGGACAAAUGCUAUGUCCUUGACCUCUUACAUAUUCUUCUCCGGCAACGAGGCAGAGAGAUACAAAUCACAGAGGAAGUCCUUUGCGCAGCAGUAUCAAACGAAUGCUAUGGACUGAACUUCAUAAAGCUUCUUCUCCAGGAACGAGCCGAAGAGAUACAUAUCACAGAGGGAGUCCUUGAUGCAACAGCAUCAAACAGUUGGUCUGGGUCAAAGAUCAUGGAGGUACUUUUUGAACAAAAAGGUAACGAGAUCAAUAUCACAGAUGCAAUGCUCAUAGCUGCAGGACGGGAUGUACUCCAACAUCAACCGGGAUCCGAGGAGAUAAUGAAGCACUACCUUAAACAACACCCUAGCAGGAAUCAAAUUACGAAUAAAUUAAUUGACAGCGCAGGAUGGACCCCACGUGACGUAUCCCGACUACUGCACCAUCUUACCGUGAGACGGUCGUAUCGCUGUGGACCUAGAAUUGUAUUAGAAUGGGAGUAA